UCAAACGUAGUUGUCAGUCAACAACAGAUAUUUGUAAUUGUUUGUAAUAAGUUCAGUCAAGAUAUAUUUAUCGUCGAUCACACAUCAUUAUAUAAAGUAAAAUGAUGAAUGUUACGGGAAUGGGGAUGCCUCCCCAGCUGACCCCUGUGCAGCAACAGCAUCAACAACAACUCCUACAGCAGAGUCAACAACAACAACAGCAGCAACAACUUCAACAGCACCAACAACAACAGCAGCAACAACAACAGCAACAGCAGCAACAACAACAGCAGCAGCAGCAACAACAAGGACAACAGCCAAAUCUGCAGCUGCACCAUCAGCAUCAUAAUUUACAAAUUGCUUUGGAUAACAUUACCAAAGUUAAAACACUCAUCCUGCCUUUGAGAGAAUCUCUAUCUAGUACUAUAAAAGCUGCAGCUCAGAUGCUGAAUCAGAAUGGUCAAGUUGAUGUUGGUUCACAAAAAGGAGUUGAUGAAAACAUACCAAGGUUUGAUAGGAAUUUGGAAGAGUUUUAUUCCCUUUGUGACUUAAUUGAAUUGCAUGUGAAAACUUCAAUAAAAGCAAUUGGACAAGCGGAGAGCAGCAACAGAUAUCAUCAUCUGCCGGUAAUUCCAACCCGUCUGGACAACACUGGCAUCCCGGAUAACGCAUUGACGUACCCUCAGUAUUUGGCCUCGGUGAACGCCCAGGUUUCUUAUACCAAAGAGAUCCAUGACACCUUGAUUGCAGCCGCUCAGAACAUAUCGCCAUCCGAUUGAUAUUUCUAUUAAAUUUUAAGACACAUUUCAA